CUCCAAGAUGGCGGCGCGGGCUUCGCCCCUCUCCAAGAUGGCGUUGGGGCGGCCCCGCCCCGCGGCGGCGGAGCGGGUGGCGGUGCCGGGGCGGCCGCGGUGUCCUUGCGGCGGGGCCGGGGGAGCGGGGCCAUGCUCGCCUUGGUGGCCAGGGCUGCGCACAUUGUCAGGUGGAAGAGGAGACCCAGACAGGCCGAGGGAGAGGUUUACGGUCUUUUCUGUCCUCCCAGCCAUGGAUAGGAAGCAGGAGCAAGCAGAGAAGGCCAGGCCCUGUGGCCUGCUGAAAGCGACCACGUCUCUAGGCAAGAUCCCGGGCAGAUUCCAGCUCCACCAGGAAGCACUGCCCCACCUGCCCGUGCCACCACUGCAGCAGACCCUGGACAGGUACCUGCUGACCCUGCAGCCCAUCGUGAGCCAGGAGGAGCUAAACCACACGCAGGAGCUGGUGGCCGAGUUCCGCAAGCCGGGAGGUGUCGGGGAGAGGCUGCAGAAGGGCCUGGAGAGAAGAGCCAAGAAAACAGAGAACUGGCUCUCGGACUGGUGGCUGAAGACUGCUUACCUGGAAUAUCGCCUGCCAGUUGUGGUCCACUCCAGCCCAGGUGUGGUUUUACCCAAGCAGGAUUUUCUGGAUCGGCAAGGUCAGCUCAGGUUUGCUGCCAAGCUGAUCGAGGGGAUCCUGGAUUUCAAGUCCAUGAUUGACAAUGAGACCCUUCCAGUGGAGUACAUGGGUGGGAAGCCCCUCUGCAUGAACCAGUACUACCAGAUCCUCUCGUCCUGCCGCAUUCCCGGGCCCAAGCGGGACUCCAUUGUCAACUAUGCCAAAGGCAAAAAGCAGUCCAGGCACAUCACAGUGGUUCACAACUUCCAGUUCUUUGAGCUGGAUGUUUACAACAGUGAUGGAUCUCCCCUGACCGCUGAGCAGCUCUUCAUCCAGCUGGAGAAGAUAUGGAACACCUCCCUCCAAACAAACAAAGAACCUAUUGGGAUCCUCACCACCAACCACCGAAACAGCUGGGCAAAAGCCUACAACAACCUCCUGAAAGACAAGACCAACAAGGAGUCUGUGCGUGCCAUUGAGAAGAGCAUCUGCACGGUGUGCCUCGAUGCCCCCAUGCCCCGGGUGUCCGAGGACAUCUACAACAGCCGCGUGGCCGCGCAGAUGCUGCACGGCGGCGGCAGCCGCUGGAACAGCGGCAACCGCUGGUUUGACAAGACCCUGCAGUUCAUCAUUGCUGAAGAUGGCUCCUGUGGUCUCGUGUAUGAACACGCUCCCUCUGAAGGUCCUCCCAUCGUGGCUCUUCUGGAUCACGUCGUGGAGUUCACGAAGAAACCUGAGAAGGUCAGCUCACCAACGGUUCCUCUGCCAAUGCCCAAAAAGCUGCGGUUUAACAUCACCCCAGAAAUCAAGAAUGACAUAGAGAAUGCAAAGCAAAACCUCAACAUAAUGGUCGAAGACCUGGAUAUCAAAGUCAUGGUCUUUCAUCAGUUUGGGAAAGGCUUCCCCAAGUCAGAGAAGAUAAGCCCUGAUGCUUUUAUCCAGCUGGCCUUGCAGCUGGCAUACUACAGGAUGUACGGCCACGCCUGUGCCACCUACGAGAGCGCCUCGCUGAGGAUGUUCCGCCUGGGCCGCACCGACACCAUCCGCUCCACCUCCAUGGACUCCCUCAAGUUUGUGCAGUCCAUGGACAGCCCUGACAAAUCGGACCAGGAAAAAGCAGAGCUGCUGAGGAGAGCCACGCAGGCCCACAGGGAAUACACAGAUAUGGCCAUACGGGGCAAUGCCAUAGACCGGCACCUCCUGGGCCUGAAGCUGCAGGCUAUCGAGGAUCUCGUGAGCAUGCCAGAGCUGUUCAUGGACACAGCCUAUGCUGUUGCAAUGCACUUCAAUCUCUCAACCAGCCAGGUCCCAGCAAAGACAGAUUGUGUGAUGUGUUUUGGUCCCGUGGUUCCAGAUGGCUAUGGAGUCUGUUACAACCCCAUGGAAGAGCACAUCAACUUUGCCAUUUCAGCCUUCAACAGCUGUGCCGACACAAACGCCGCCCGCAUGGCACAUUAUCUCGAGAAGGCACUGCUAGACAUGAGGAGCUUGCUCCAGGCUGCUCCCAAAUCCAAACUCUAAGAGGCAAAUGUGAUGCAAACCCCCCCUGGUUAAAGGGGCUCUGCCUCAUGCACUGAAGUUCCCAAUUCCUCAGACAAUAAUUGAGAGAACAGCUGCCCCUGGAAUCUAGGAAGGCUUCUAUCAUUUGUUUUCAGCAAGAGGUUACACAAUAGUCAUCUGCAGAUACCAGACUGUAGUGAAAGGAAACAGCCUCAAGCCAAAGCAGAACUGACUGGUCCUCUCCUGUCAAGGCAAAGUGCACCUUCCUGUCCUCAAAGAGGACUCAAAUACGAUUUUUACAAAACUUUACUAUAAAGGAAUACAGAAAGCACAGUCCUUACCAGGAUCUAAAUCCCUUUGGUGAGGAAGGAAGUUCUCCAGGAAAAGCAGGGAAUGUUUACUGUGUGAUGCAACUACUGUUAAGUCUUCUGAGGAGCGUCUUUCAAACUUGACUGAAGGUUUUUCUGCUGCUUCAGCAAAACUUCACCACUGAACUUCGGCAAGGGGAGAAAGAAGUUAAGCCAGAGCAGAUCCAGCCUUGUAAGAGUGCACUGCACUGCUCAUCCCAGGCACUCCAAGCAGCAUCUGCUUUACAGGAACGUUCCCUUCCCCUCAUUAUAGGACACCAGGAUCUCCCUUCUGUUGCACUGACCUUAUCAACAACAGAACGUGACUCGCUGCAGACUAA